AUGGCUGACACCUGCUGCACAAGGACCUGUGUGAUCGCCGCAUCCACUACAUCUGUCUGCUCCAGUAAUUUGAGCUGUGGCAGCCGGAUCUGCUCACCCAGCAUCUGCACAGGUGCCUCCUGGCAGGCGGACAAUUGCCAGGAGAGCUACUGUGAGCCCCCAUGCUGUGCCCCCAGCUGCUGUGCCCCAACCCCUUGCCUCCUCUGCACCCCAGUGAGCUGUGUGUCCAGCCCCUGCUGCCAGUCUUCCUGCUGCACACCCUCAUGCUGCCAGCAGUCUAGCUGCCAGCCAGCUUGCUGCACCUGCUCCCCCUGCCAGCAGCCCUGCGGUGUGACCCUUUGCUGCAAGCCUGUCUGCUGUGUGCCUGUCUGCUGUGGUGCUUCCUCCUCAUGCUGCCAGCAGUCUAGCUGUGAGCCCUCUUGCUGCACCUGCUCCCCCUGCCAGCAGCCCUGCGGUCCCUCCUGCUGUGUGCCUGUCUGCUGCAGGCCUGUGUGCUGCACACCCAUCUGCUCUGCCUCCUCCUCCUCCUGCUGCUGCCAGCCCUCCUGCUGUGCUCCUGGGUGCUGCAGGCCUGUGUGCUGCAAGCCCUGCUCCAGCCUGUCCCUGCUGUGCCGCCCUGUGUGCAGACCUGCCUGCUGUGUGCCCACCUCCUCCUGCUGUGCCUCCUCCUGCCAGCCCAGCUGCUGUCGCCCAGCCUCCUGUGUGUCCCUGCUGUGCCGCCCUGCCUGCUCCAGACAGGCCUGCUCUGGACACAAGUCCACCUGCUGA